AUGAAAUUUCUGAUUUUCCUACUAGUUCCGCUAAUUCUAGCCGGCCAUCCGAAGGUCAAAUUUAGAAGUUCUGAAUCUUCUUCUGAUUCUGAAUCUGAAUCUUCAGAAUCGAAUUCUGGAUCAUCGGAAUCAGAAGAAUCUCGGGAACAUCAUCAGCACCCAAAACCUCCCGCUCCCGCUCCCAAAACCCCGAGUUGCCCACCGAAUUGGAGACAAUUCCAAAGAUCAGCCGGGCUUUGGUGUAUUCAAGUCUUCUGGAGUGGUAUCAAUCGAUAUGACGCUGAAAGCCAGUGUCAGGCUCUCGGAGCAACUCUCACCGGUUUCGAUAGUCUGGAGGAGCGAGCCUAUGUUCAGAGUAGGCCUUUUUCCGCGCGAAAUUUGGAGCAUUUUGAGCCACAACACAAUUUCAGACUCGGCAAUCCCAUUCCUCCAGUCCACCGGCAUUCGGGCCGGCUCAUUUUGGAUCGGCCUGGUUCGCAGGCCUUCUUGCUACGGAUAUCUACAAUCUCUCCAAGCGGCGUGUCGCGGAAGCCAGGGUUUCAUGUGGACGGAUGGGGUCUCGACACGACAGGAUUUGAUGAAUUGGCGCGAUGGUAUGCCGGAUAAUGCGGGGUAGGCGGAAGCGGAAACCUUCCGGAAAAAAAAUUCAAAAUGUAUUUCAGCGGCAAUCAAAACUGCGUGUUUAUGCUAUGCCGAAAUGGCCCGGUUCCAAUAAACGGCGUCCGUCCGGAACGUUUCGAUGAUAUUGAGUGCGUCAAUCCGCCCAACCCGUGGAACGCGGAUUCGCAGAAGAUACGCGGAUAUGCGUGCGGAAAGUUUGCGCAGUGA